AUGUUGGGCGACCUCCUGCGGUACGAGCUGGACGGUGUUGUCACGGUCAAGUCCUACAUGGUUGGCAUCGAGCUGGCCAUCAGCCUGGCGCCGAUCACCCUGCGGUCAUCGUCAAGUGCGGUUGUGCCCUCCCCGCACACCGUGGUUCUUGACGACGCGGUUUUCCACGACCUGAUCGAUGUCGAGGCCUUCGAGGAGAACAACAUGCUCUGUCUGGAGGUCCCGACUGGCGAGCUGUCUCUCAUGAACUAUCGCAUCUGCGACAACCGGCCCACUGAGAAUGGCUACCUCGCCGGUGGGUCGAUCCCGUUCACGGUUUUCUCUCACAUUGAGACUCCCCAGACGCCAAACAUGCUCGAAAUCUCGAUGCGCCUCCGGUCGGAUCUGCCCGAGCGCUUUGUCGGCCAGGACAUCCGCGUGCAGCUGCCAGUGCCGGCUUGCACGCGCUCCGUGUCGUCGCAGUUCUCCGAGAGCUCCCAGUCCCGGCCGGUGGUGGUCCACCACCAGUCCCCCUCGAUGAUCGAGUGGAAUGUCGGCCGCCUCCGGGGUGGCUCGGAGAUCCAGAUCAAGAUGAAGCUCACCCUGUCGGAGGCUCCGACCCCGGCCAUCCGCCGGGCCAUCGGGCCCAUCAGUCUGCGCUUCGAGGUGUCGGACUACCUGCCCAGCGGGUUCUCCAUCCGCAAGCUGAGCGCCGUCCCCAGCCGGGGGCACACGUACAGCAACACCAACACCGAGAUCAAGCCCUGGAUCCGCAACAUCACCCGCGCCAGCUCGUAUGUCGUCCGGAUCUAG